UGGAUGUCUCAUGCGCACACAUACCAUUGCUGAGCGCCGGACCCCGCUGCAUCCCGUUGGCAGUGUGCGCAUGAGUGUGUGUGUGUGUGUGUGUGCAUGCAUGUGUGCAUGUGUGUGUGCGUGCGUGCGUGCGUGAGAGCGAGAGUUGUGGGGGAGCGCCGGUCUGGUAAAGACGAGUGUUUUGGGGCAGAUCUCAGUGGAAUCUCUCACUCUGGAUGUGUAAGGAUCACAGGAGCAGCGUCUGACCAUACGUGUGUUACACAGAGAAACUUCCAGCAUGGCAGACCCUGACGGACCCCAGCUACGCUGAGAGGGAAGACAUGUGCUGGUCAUCUCUCCCUCCCCUUCAUCAUCAUCAUCAUCACCACUGAGCCGUGUCUGGAGGAACCAUGGUGAGCAAGGACGCUGGUAAAUGCAUGCUCACCAACUCUGAAUCUGACUCGGAGGCAACGGCAACCUCCAUGGCCCUGGAGGUCAAAGGAUCAUCGGACGACAGCAGACAUGUGCGCAAACGCAACAAAGCCCUUCAGGUGCGCUUCAAGGACAUCUGCGAGGCACAGAAUGAACAGGCUGCUGCGGCCCGAGGGGGAAAGCCGGUCUACAAGGUGGCUUACCGCAAGUACAUGACUGUCCCAGCUCGCAGAUCAAUCCCCAAUGUCACUAAAAGCACCGGAGUCCAAACAUCACCGGACCUUAGGAAGCGUUACCAGACUUUUCCAUUUGACCGGAAGAAAGGACAUACGGUCAAGCAUUCCGCUGUUGUGGAGAGCUAUAAGGAUCAGGACGAUGGGUUUGUUAUUGAUGUAAAGAGGGCAAAAGCUACCGAGGCAGGUAGGGAGUGUGUACCCACUCAAAAUGUGAGGAAAACAAGAGCAUUAAUGCACACCAGCAAAUGUGUCGCAACUAUAGAGCAACACCCACAAGCCAGGGACUGUCUGGAGAGAACAGACGGACCGUGUUCGGAUGCUUUGGUUCUUCCUUGUGCGACAGAUGGGUCCGCAGUGGGAACAGACAACUCGGACUAUCAGAUUUGUAGCGUCAGAAGUAAACCCAGUAAGGGCUUCCAGAGAGACUCUGGAACUCUUGAUCGCUCAGGCAAGCUGCAGUUGCUGAACUCUGGGGAGAGCGGUGGGAAUAUUCUAGAGGAUUCCUCUUCCAAAGUGAUGGGUCCUAUUGCAUGGAACUCUCUCACGCAGGUGGAAUGCCUGGAGAGUCCGUCCGAGCGGAGCAAACGCAAAAAGACUCUGCAGCUCAAUGGCCUGCAGUCGCAGACGCUGCCGCGGACCAGUUGCACGACGCAGGUCCAGUGCCACAUGGGCACGCUGUCUGCUCGACCACUGCGGGCCAUGGAGGCGGCGGUACCACUGACUCCAGUCUCCACGAAAGCCGUUCCUAUGCCCGCGCCUCCAUGUAGGGGCAGCACAGGAGCAGAAACUAUACAGACGGAGAAUGAGGCGUGCAAGCAGGUAGUGCCUGUCAAUCAGGAUGGGGAUGUUAAAGCGCAGCUCCAGGCCAUGGAAAACAUGAUCAGCUCCAGCCAGGAAACCAUCAAAGUGCUGUUGGGUGUCAUUCAGGAGCUGGAAAAAGGAGAAGCUCAUAGAGAAGGGCUCUCGUAUCGGACCGGACAGGACACGGCCAACUGCGACACGUGUCGGAACAGCGCAUGCAUUAUUUACAGCGUGGAGCUGGACUUUAAACUGCAGGAAGAUAAGCUCCAGCCUCUGAUGAGGAGACUGUGUCCCGCCGAGGAGUCCCCGUUCCCCCCUCUGACGUAUCCUCAGGAGACCAUCGGCUCCACGCCCAAACGCAAGUCCAAAGCGGAGGCCAAGAAACACGCGCGCUGGAAACUCUGGUUUCUGUGACACAGGAGCAUCUGUUCACUGGAUCUGUUGUUUGAUCAGGACGAAUCAGGAAAAUACUAAUCAGAUUGCUUUUUUUUUGCCCCUUUUGGUAUUUUAUGGAUGCGAGUACUGAACUACUGAAGUUUUGGAAAUAUCGCAGCUAAUAUAAAUAAAAAAAUAUAUAUAUAUAUUUAACAGAAUAUUGGAAUUUUCUCUUGGAAAAAAGGAAGUGCAGAGUGUGAAGUUAUUUUAAACGGAUCAAUAACAAAUCUUGUUUUACAAUAACUAUUUAUUUAAUUUUUUGUGAAGUUUUUGGAUUUAAAACACGGACAGGAUGCAAGCUUUUCCUUUCAGUCUUCUCUUCUUCAUGGAAAUCACAGCAUUAAACAGAAGCACAACUCUUCAGACGCACUGGAUGAUGUUUCUCACUUCACGGAUCUUACCGGAUAUCGAGAAUGGAGAUUUUACCAGAGGAUGUAAUUAAUCGCUGAAGUCACAAAAAACACGUUACAUGGGAUUUAUACAGAAAUAAUCUUACAAGCCUCUGUGAAUUCAUAUAAACUUUCAUAUACUAUUAUUACCAGGAAAAAAAGAAGGAAAAAGGUAUUACUUAUUUUUCUAGAUUCGUAAUAAUCACAUUUAAAGAUUUUCUAGAUGCACUACAUAUGUAUAAACUUCUCUCACUUAUUGGAUUAUUGAAACUAUAAGAAGCAUUUUCAACUCUUCAACUUUUUCAGCAGCGUUGGUUCUGGAAGUAUUUCUUCUAAUCAUUUUUCCCAUAAGGACCCUUUUCUUUUUUUUUUUAGGUAUUUGUUAAAGUGUUGUAAGCCAUGAACCAAGUAUUUGAAAAUGAGACAAAAAGACAAAGGUACAAGACUGUGUACUUAACAGCUUUAGUGAGAGAGAGAGAGAAAAGAACUACAAUCCCAUGAACCACUGCAAAUGAUAUAAUCAAAGUAAAAACGUCGGAGAAAUAUAAAACUAUCCAUUUAAAGUUGAUGAAAUAAACAAAAACUAUAUAUUUUAAGUUCAGUGAUCAUUUGAUGCUAUAUGCUCACUGCAAGUUUCUGAUAAGUGGAAUUUUCUAUACAGGAUCAUGGGAAAUGUAGUUUUUCAACACGGAUUUAAUUCCGUAAAUUGAAAUAAUGCGACCUGAAGAUUUCAACAAAAGCAUGUAUCAAAGAUCAACAAAGCUUGGCCCCCACAGUAGGUCUGUCUUUAAUAAUUAACUGUUAAAAAUCCAUUUCCCUAUGGUGAAAAUGAACUGCAUUUUUACUUCUGGAACCUGACUGUUGCACUCUAUUACAACUACAGGAAUAAUCAUGGGAACAACAGUGAACGUUCACCUUUCUGUGACAGGAAGUCAUGUGAUGCAGUCAUCAUUAAUCUGCGCUCACACAAGACUAUGAAGAACUCUGAUCUGCAAUAUAUAAAAAAAAAAAAAAAAAAUGUUUGGCCAAUACAGGAUUUCAAUGUCUCAGAUUGAGCUGUUGGUGCAAUAUACAGGAAAGUAGAUUGCAUUUAUAUUUUAUUGUUUUCAAUUUAUUUUGAAUGUAUUUUUACAGAAUCCCUAGUGUGUGACAUCACAUCCUGUCUGUGACCGCGCUCUCCACACCUGCACUGAACACUAAACACUGUUCCUGUUGUGAAAAUGGCGAGGAACAGAGCAAAUUAGAUAACCUGAAGCGUAUUUGUGCUCCACAGGUCUGAGAGAGCAAUGAGAGCAGCUCAGUGUGUCUUCAUUGUCCAGAACACAGAGAAAUUAGUCACAGGUGAAGAAAAACACGCUCAGGAGAAAUAGAGAUGAUCGAUCGUAUGAAGAAAAUGAAGUGAAAAAUAGAAAUGAAAUGGCUUUUAGAACCUUUUUUUUUUUUAAUGACAUUAUUAUUUUUAUAACAAUUAAACAGAUCUUCUCCCAGAAUUCUCAUUACCUUAAUACACUCAUGUUGAACAAAUUAAUAUAAUUACAUCAAAUAAUAGACUGACAUAUAAAUGUUUAGUUUCUAU